AGCCCGGUAAUGCGCGCAAGUCCUGAUCAUCACCUUCUGAGAAAUCGAUCUUCUUGUGGACUAAUAUGACAAACGUGCGCGUAUAGAGAGGCGUGACACCGCAGAAAGAGGAGGCGCAUUUCCCGUGGAUCAGUCUCUCUUUUACGUACGCGAGCGUCAGCAUGGACCUCCUGGCGAACCAUAGUAUAUUUCAGGAACUUCAGCUCGUGCAUGACACCGGCUAUUUCUCCGCCAUGCCCUCGCUGGAAGAGAACUGGCAGCAGACCUGCCUGGAGUUAGAGCGUUAUCUGCAGACGGAGCCAAAGCGUCUUUCGGAGCUCUUCGACCAUGAUUUGGAUGGGCUCUUGACCCCCGCCUACCUGAAGGAGGAUGGCGAGGAAGAGCUCGCCGACGUUCUCCUCCCCAGCAUACAUGAGCCCCCGAGCCCACCAACAGUGAUACUUUGCCCCGCACGGAAGAACUUACCCUCCACAACUUCAAUAAAAACAGAACCAAAGGUACCCGAACCCACAGAAGGGAUGGAAGGAGUUCACCAGGCACAGUUAAGUGCAGUCACCUCCCUGACGCCCCCAUCAUCGCCGGAACUUGGUCGGCACCUUGUGAAACCCAGCCCCUCCCUCACGGCAUCUGCUGAUGGGACACUCACCCUCAAGCUGGUGGCCAGGAAGGUGGGGCUCAGCGCCGCCCGGCUGGUGCCGGCACACCCGCUCCCUGCGCAGGUAAAGGAGGAAGAUGAGGGAGUAGCGUGUGUGCUCGGGGAGCUUCCAGAGAACAAGAAGAGGAUCCACCGCUGCCAGUUUAAUGGCUGCAGGAAGGUUUACACGAAGAGCUCUCACCUUAAGGCCCAUCAGAGGACACACACAGGUGAGAAGCCAUACAAGUGCUCAUGGGACGGCUGCGAGUGGCGGUUCGCCCGGAGCGACGAGCUGACGAGGCACUACCGCAAACACACCGGCGCCAAACCCUUCAAGUGCAACCACUGCGACAGGUCUGUCAACGUGUCCCUCAAUCCUCCACUUUUUUGUCUCGGUAUUUUGUAUAAUCACGCUUGAGCCGAGGACGAUGCUAAAUACAGGUCAGUGUGUUUCUGUAAAUAAAACCUCACGCUCUGACCCACUUACUUCCCAGAACAUUUUGUGACUGCGCUCUGAUCCCAAGUGUCCUUGAACAGAGUAAACUGACCAGCUAAGCAGUUUGCUCCGCAUGAUAUUUCAGUGUCUAAAUAUUUAAUUCUUUGGCAGAUGGAUUGAGGCCCCUUGCAUUGCAGUGAAGCUUUAUCCAUCUCUGCCUAUUCCAAUACAAAACGCAGAUAUUAUUCAAGCACCGCUGCUAUGGUGAUGUGACGUAAUUUGCCAUCGACUCCCUGCCUUAAUUAGUCACCGCGGCCCCUGUUUAAUAAUGAAACACAAGCAAAAUGUUAAUUUGCAGCCUGGCUGGCGAAACCAUCAAGCAUUCGGGGGCCGUUAUUUGCUAUAAAAAGAUCAGACUUGACUGUGACACAAAAAUCUUUAGCCCUGUUUUAAUUACAAGCCUCUGUCUGUGAUCCGACCCUUGCUGACACCUUGGGGAUCUCACAGCAAUUUUGUCUUCUGGGGAAUAGCUGCUGGGAUGAAAAGGUCAUUUUUGUGAUCUCCUUGAACACGCAUCCGGCAUGAUAAAUCUGAGAGAGUUGUAAAGCAUCUGCAGCAUCAUAAAGAUCGUUUUAUGAGGCCAUAUUGACCCAUCUAUCAGUGCCAGCGACUAUAUUGAAAAGUAAAUGUGUUGUUAGUUGUGACGAGUCAACAGAAUUAUGUGCAUAUGCUAUAAAUAUGACAGUAAACACGGCCGUUCUGCAUCAUAAGCAAAUAGCAGGCCAGUUAAGUGUCUUUUACCACCAAGUGUACGUUACCUGAUAGCUUGCUUGGGUUGAUGAGCCAGUCAUGCGGUCUUCAGAGCAUCUGUCCGACCUCAGCUGGACAGACAC